AUGUCGUUAAGGAGUUCAUCCAAACUCAACUCCAGUCCUCUUCGGGCAUCUCAAAGCAAUCAACAACAACCACAAUACCAACAACACCAUCAUCAACAACAAUAUAAUGAUAGUUGUAACAAUAGUAUUACCUUUUCAGAGAACUCUUCAAUAGAGAGGAUGGAGGGUUUUGAUGUCAUUGAAGAUGAGGCAAAAACAUUAAUUUCAAUCAUAUUCAACCAUGAACCUUUACCGAACGAAAUUUCAUAUGACACUGCCAUCAGAGUAUUAAAAGAAUAUCACAAGGCCUGUUUUUCCAGAGGAGAAUAUGAUCAAUGCGAGAUUGGAAAAAAAGCAAUGCUUUUAUUAAAAUUCCAAAAUGAGAAGAGACAUAUUGAUAAUAUAAAACGGAUACAAAUGAAGGAAAGAGAAGAAAUUGAACUUGCCUUUCAGCAGGAAAUGGCAGAAUUAAAAUCAAAGUGGGACGAAAAGUUGGUCAUGUUGGAGCAAUCAUUUGAGGAAUCCAGAAGACGACUCUUAGACAAACAUGCAAAAGAAAUGGAAGAUUUUCAAGAAAAAUUUAUGGAAGAUUUACAGAGGAAAUACAACCCAAAAAGUAGAGAUCUUAUAAUGUUAAAGAUGAUGGAAGAAACACUAGCAAGACAGGAGUUUUAUUUUGAGGCAAUUUCGGUCAAGAAAAAGGCAGAAAAACUCCAAGAGGAAGAAAUGAAAAAAGUAAUGAUGAAAUAUAGCUCAUCGUACGAAAAGAAGAAAGCUCAUUUACUAAAAAAACAGCAACAUGAGUUGGAUAGUUUAGAUUUGCGGUUACGACGAGAAAAGAGUGAAUCAAUCCAGCAGAAGAAUCGAGAGAUUGAGCAAGUAACUCUUAGGUACAGCAAUCUUAAAAGCACAGCACAAAUUCAUCACUCACAAUUUGAGUCCAAAGCCCGUACGUCCCUUAUCAAGUCAAAUACUUCUCUAAUUUCUUCGAUAAAACGAAUGAGUGCAGGUGACACUCGACCUCUUGCUCUCUCGGCGGAGCGAGGUUCAGAAAGCGUUAGAUAUAGAUCUCCAAAUUCAAAAACUCGAAAAUAA